AACGCCGGUUUUAAUUCACACUUGUUCGUGGAUAGUUGGCAAACGCGUCCAAUUUAUCUUAAAAAUCGACGCGCAGGCGUCGAAACUCGAAAACGAAGAACAAAAUAAAAAUAAUCCAGACAUCUGAACGCGUUCCCGAUGUCGUCGGGACCUCGCACGCGACACGUGAUUGCUUCCGUAGCAGGCGAUUGGUCAGUUCGGCAAUUGUUUUCGUGGUGACGGCCUGGUGCGAUUUGCACAAAGUGACACUUGUUUGAAUUUCGCGCUUCGUGCCGCGUGUUUUGUUUAUCGGGAAAACAGUUGUUUGUGUUUGGUUCCGUUUAUGAUAAGUAUCAUGGAUCGGUCUAUGUACGGAAAAGUGGUACCUGGUACCCUGAAUCCUUAUCAGUGCACAUUAAGGAAUGGCACGUCUCCAGGAUGUUCGAAACUGAAAACCCGAAAAAUGGUGCCGGUUCACAUUGUGGAAAACCACCAUGAAGUCUUACCGUUCAUAUACCGCGACAUAGGCUCGAGACAUUUACCAGUCGAAGGAACGACCUUCGUGCAUUUCGAUUCUCACCCAGAUAUGCUUAUACCAAAAUAUAUGCCGGCCGAUUUUGUGUACGAGAAGCAGAAGUUGUUCGAUGAAAUCAGUAUAGAGAAUUGGAUGUUGCCGGCCUGUUAUGGCGGGCAUUUUAAGCACUUGGUGUGGGUCAAACCGCCAUGGGCGAAACAGAUGGACCAUGGAGCGCAAACAUUCUUGAUUGGAAAAGAAAAAAGUACCGGGUAUAUACGGUUGAAUUGCAAGGAGAAUUAUUUUAUUUCUGAAUGCUUGUAUUGUCAUGAAGACAACUUGGAGAAUAUUAAAGAGGUUGUUUUGGAGGUAGUUGAGUUAGGGGGUGAUAACAAUACAGCUUCACCUAAAAUAACGGAAAGUUAUAAAAAUCCUUUCAUACUUGAUGUAGAUUUAGAUUUCUUCAGCACCAAAAACCCUUUUAAGGCUCUUUAUGAAAAAGCAAACGCAUAUGAGCGGCUCAAAAAAAUCUAUGAUUUCCCUCCACCAAAAACCACGUCUGACAAAGACAUACAAGAAUCCUCCGAAGCUAGAGAUAAACAAAUAAAAGAACUGGAAGAAAUCUUCAAUCAUCUGGAAGAAAACAGAGAAAUACCAAAUACUACCAACAGUCUACUGGAAGAUAUCAAAGAACUACAUUCAAAAAUUUUGGAACACUACGAAGAUGGGGAAAUAGACUGGACUUUGGUCCAUGAUGCCGGUUGUACCUGCGAUAAUACAGAGUUGCCACAUCACCCAUCAACCAAGGAGGAAAUUGAUAAAAUGAUGGGUUGCUUCAAAGAUUUUGUUGAUUUGUUAAGAGAUCGCCCAGUAGUGAUUACCAUAUCUAGAUCCAGUGAAGACGAUUAUACACCUCCAGAUGUCGUGGAAGAUAUACAAAAGAGAGUUUUGGAGAUUUUAAUAGAAAAGUUUCCCACACAGCUGAAUUUUCAUUAUCGGGAUGAUCUUUCAGAGGAGGACGGUCAAUAA